UUUUUUCCGUUGAAAAUACUUCGUCAUAUUUCGAUACAAUCGGCGUUGACCAACGGAUAAAUAUUGCACAAGGAAAGAAGGAUUAUCAAGAUUAUUAUUGAAAGUUUGUCGUCGUUGUUAUUUGGAAGAGAAAUUUCGAAAAAGAGAAGAUUUUUCGUGGCUUGUCGUAGACGGUGUCGCGACGGGGAGUACGCGACGCCGCCGGCGCGAUAAGCCGAAAAGAGUGCGGUAAUCGAGUGUGCGCGAAGUGCCGUGCCUCUUCUUUCCUCGUCACUGUGGGAAAAUACAGCCGCUACGGUGGCUCAGCACGCAGAGUUCCCCGGCGCGGCCAGGGCGUUCAUGGCGCAGCCAAGGUACGACGAUGGCGGGCUGCAUGGGGCCUACCUCGAGGGAGGUGGUGGGGGUGGAGGAGCUGGGCUAUACGAUCCACACGGUAGUGCCCGCGGUGUUCCGGGUCUUCACCAUAGCCCACACCUCGGGGGUAUGGGACCGGCCCACCCUCAAUAUCCCCCGCCCCCGCCCCAGCCACCCCAACACGUGCUUGCAGCGGCUGCAGCCGCUGCAGCCUCGGCGGUGCCCGAUGUACACAAACGCGACAAGGACGCCAUUUACGGACAUCCCCUGUUUCCGCUUCUCGCAUUGAUAUUUGAGAAAUGCGAAUUGGCGACGUGUACACCGCGCGAGCCAGGUGUUGCCGGAGGUGACGUUUGUUCCUCCGAAAGUUUCAACGAGGACAUAGCAGUUUUUUCCAAACAGGUAAGU